AUGGUGGAUCAUCGUUACGAACUGAGAAGAAAAUUAUCUGAAAUAACAAGUACUUGUGAUCUCCUUCGACAAUCACUUAAAGAACAAAGAUUUCAGUCACGAAAGCAUUCAUUAAUAGAACAGAUUGAUCAGUGGGAACGUGACUCAAUUAACAAGAUUCAACAAACAGCAAAAGAAACCAAACAACUAUUAUUUCGACACACUGCUAAGCAUAAUGCUGAGAUAGAAAUUCAAUUGGAGAAAUUGACUAAUCAAUUGAGACAAAGUAGUCAAAUAGACGACAUUCGUGAAAUAGAUUUAUCUCGAUGGACGAAAGAACUAGCACAACUCACAGAAGUAUUGUAUAAGCCACCGCAUAUCAAUGUCCGAGAAGAUUUAACACCAUUUGUGACCAAAAUUAUUGUCGAUGUACAACGUGAAGAGACAACAAUACCAAAUAAUGGACAACAUACUCCUGAUAAAUCUUAUAAAACUGAGAUAAGAAGUGACGAGGCUCAACGUAAUGAAAAUAAUUUCAAUCAACAACGAUCUAGCAUUAAUACACGAUCAAUAAUUUCUUCAACUAACUGUCGUAUUACUUUCGAUGAUUCCGAUGAUGAAGAUGCUUCAAACUAUUUUUCAUGGGCUCAAUCAGAUAUAAUUGCAUAUCGUAAUAAUUAUCCAAAUGUACGAUCAGAUCCGAAAAUAACACAAAAUUAUCGUUUUUAUACAAAUCAAAUACCAUCUUAUCCAGAUGGUGAUUUUAUUGAUAAAAUACAUGAAAUAUGGUUUCGUGAUUAUGAUAGAUUAGAAUUUCAUCAUGGUUAUACUCAAUGGUUAUUUCCAUUACAAGAAAGAGGACUUAAUUGGUAUAUUGAACCAUUACAAAAACAUGAAAUUGAAUUAAUAAAAAAAGAUGAAAAAGCAUUAAAACGAAUACUUACAUCUUAUAAACUUAUGAUUGAUUUUUAUGGUUUUAAAUUAAUCGAUGAAAAAACAGGUGAAAUAGAUCGUUUAUCUGGUGAUUCUUAUAAAUCACGUUUUCAUAAUCUCAACACAUCAUCACAUAAUUAUUUACGUAUUACUCGUAUUCUAAAAUGUUUGGGUGAAUUUGAUUAUGAACAUCUUAAAUUUCCUUUUCUUGAACAAAUAUUACGAGAAAUUAUUAUAGAAAAUACAUUGCCGAAUUGUCUACAAUCAUGUAAAGAUUAUUGGAUUGAAACUUUACGUAGUCGAGAUGAACGACGUGCUAUUCGACAAUAUGCAAGAGAAUUAAUCGAAUAUCGAAAUAAAGGAUCGUACCCAAGUAAAUCUCUUCGUGCUAUUAGACCAUCAAUAACAAAAACAACAACAACAGCAAUUUGA